CCGGCUUUUAUUACCAACGCAUCCUUUUCCUCUUAAGAACACCUUCACAGCAAAAAAUGACCACUCCCGAGAUAUAUUCGGCCUUCAGGCGUACUACGGGCGAAAUUUCGGGGAGUAUUGAGCGUUCGUCAGAGAAGUUGCCAGGAGAGUUGGCUCCCAACGAAGUCCUCAUCAAGAUUCAUGCCGUCUCGCUCAACUUCCGCGAUGUUGCCAUGGUGCACGGGCUCUAUCCUGUCGAGGUCGAGAAAGGAGGCAUCUCGUGCUCAGACUGCGCCGCCGAGGUUGUCGCCGCCGGGUCAGCUGUGAAGGAGUUCGCCAUUGGAGAUCAUGUUUCACCUAUCUUCGACCUCAGCAACUUCACUGGCGAUGAAAAUACACCAUCACGCGCCCUCGGCGGGGAGGCCCCGGGCGUGCUUCGCGAAUAUGCCGUAUUUGAAGACAAGUUUCUGGUCCAGCUUCCCAAGCAUCUGUCGUGGGAAGAGGCAGCCACCAUCACUUGCGCCGGAGUCACCGCGUGGACUUCUCUAAACUCCCCGACUUCCGUAUGCAGGCCGACCAGUGCCCUCCUCCAAGGCACGGGAGGCGUUAGUAUGUUCGCUCUCCUGAUUUGCAUCGCGGCAGGCAUCCAACCAAUCAUCACUUCCUCGUCUGACGAAAAGCUCGAAACAAUCAAGAAGCUUGGCCCCCAAGUCCGCGGCAUCAACUACAAGAAGACGCCCGACCAGGCAGCGGAGAUUCAGCGCCUGACAAAGGGUGAAGGCGUCGACGUCGUCGUCAACAAUACCGGCCCAGCAUCCAUUCCUACAGACAUCAGCUUCUUGCGCCACAGAGGCGGCACCGUGUCACUUGUCGGCUUCUUGGCCGGCCAAUCGGGCACCUGGGAGCCGAAUGCCAUCAUGGGCUUAAUGGGGAAAAGUGCCAAGAUACAGGGCAUUGCCGUGGGUUCCAAGGUGGACUACGUGCGGCUGAACCAGUUCCUGGCCGAUAAGAAGAUCUCCCUCGCCCCGCUCAUCGAUCGAGUGUUCCCGUUCCAGGAUUCGAAGGCCGCCUUUGAGUAUCUGUACUCGGGUUCGCACGUCGGCAAGGUGAUUAUCAAAGUGCAGGACUAGACAUGUUUUUAGCCGAUGGGUGUAAGAUAUGCGGGUAGGCGAAAUCUUUUCUCUCUCCGUGGUAUUUCUACUAGGUAGAGUCUUACAAGGACAGGAGUUACAUAAGGUCAAUAUUCCUUCUGGC